GGGCUGCCGGUUCCCGCUGUCCGUCCUCGGCCUCGGCGUCCAGCGCGGGCACGCCGGCGGGACUCGGCAGGCCGGCCCGGGAGUCCGUCCGUCCGCCCGGCGCUGUGCUCGUCCGCUUAGCCCUUCUUCCCCCGGGGGAACGGGUCCUGCUGCUGCUGCUGCUGCUGCUGCUGCUGCUGCUGCUGGAGGGGACGCCGCGGCCACAGCCCCGCGCGCCCCGACACAGACAGGAAACAAAGUGAAAUCGCAUUCAAAUCUGACGACGCGUAAGAACACAGGAUGGGGACUCCUGGUUCUGGGAGGAAAAGAACGCCCGUGAAAGACCGGUUUUCUGCAGAAGAUGAAGCUUUGAGUAACAUUGCCCGAGAGGCAGAGGCCAGGCUUGCAGCAAAACGGGCUGCCAGGGCCGAGGCAAGAGAUAUUCGAAUGAGAGAAUUGGAGCGACAACAGAAAGAGCACUCUUACCAGUCCUUUGAUCGGAAAUGGGGACAGAUUCACAAGUGGCUGGAAGAUGCGGAAAGGGCCAGGUUUUCCCACCGGUCCAGUCAUCAUCGGCCGUCUCUGAAAGUUGAGGAUGCAUUGUCCCUUCGAAGCCUCGGCAGUCACAGGUAUGAUUCUACGAAGGACAGAUCAUCAAGAUCUUCAUCAUUAAAUCAUUCUUACAGCCACUCCUAUGGAAUGAAGAGGAGAUCUUCUGGUCCUCGGAAGGACCCGCUGAGUGGCCUCUACUUUGACCAGAGAACCUAUAGCAGCCUUAGGCAUAGCAAACCCACUUCUGCCUACUACACUCGGUCUUCCUCUUUGUCCAGUGACCCCCUGGCAACAUCUAGAAGUAACAGGGCCUCCCUUAUUGCAAACUCUGGUCUGCUGAGAAGUGCCAGCCUGGCAUCAUUAUAUGAUGGUGGAUUAUAUAGCCCUUAUGGUUCUCGAACUCCAUCUGAAUACAGUUAUUACUCAUCCCGAGCAAGUUCAGGCCGAAGCAGUCCCGUGCUUUCCAGUGAUGACGCCGUGAGCAUUGUUUCUUCUGAUCGUGCCAGUCACGGGCGAAGGGAAAGUGUGGUGUCUACGGCUGACUACUUCGGGCGCUCCCAUCGCAGGGGAAGCAUUGUUUCCGAGGUGGAUGACGUCAGUAUCCCAGAUCUGACCUGCUUGGAUGAAAAAUCUGACAAACAGUAUGCUGAAAAUUACACAAGGCCUUCAUCUCGAAAUUCUGUGUCAGCAACAACUCCUCUGAGUGGAAACUCAUCCAGGCGAGGGAGCGGGGACACCAGCAGCUUGAUCGAUCCAGACACCUCAUUAAGUGAAUUACGGGAUAUCUAUGACCUUAAGGACCAGAUACAGGAUGUAGAAGGGAGAUACAUGCAGGGGCUUAAAGAACUGAAGGAGUCUUUGUCUGAAGUGGAAGAGAAAUACAAGAAAGCCAUGGUUUCCAAUGCACAGUUAGACAACGAGAAGAACAAUUUGAUCUACCAGGUAGACACCCUCAAGGAUGUUAUUGAAGAGCAGGAGGAACAAAUGGCAGAAUUUUACAGAGAAAACGAAGAAAAAUCAAAGGAGUUAGAAAGGCAGAAACACAUGUGCAGUGUGUUACAGCACAAGAUGGAUGAGCUGAAAGAAGGCCUUCGGCAGAGAGAUGAGCUGAUUGAGGAGAAGCAGCGCAUGCAGCACAAAAUUGACACCAUGACAAAAGAGGUGUUUGAUCUCCAGGAGACACUUCUUUGGAAAGAUAAAAAAAUUGGGGCCCUAGAGAAACAGAAAGAAUCCAUUGGCUGCCUCAGGAGGGAGCGAGAUUUGCUCCGAGAGGAGCUGGCUGCCCUGCAGGAGACGGUGAAGACUGGAGAGAAACACGGCUUAGUUAUAAUUCCCGAUGGCACUCCCAACGGUGACGUCCAUCAUGAGCCAGUGGUGGGAGCCAUCACUGUUGUGUCUCAGGAAGCUGCUCAGGUCUUGGAGUCAGCAGGAGAAGGACCACUAGAUGUAAGGCUACGAAAACUUGCUGGGGAAAAGGAAGAACUACUGUCACAGAUUAGGAAGCUGAAGCUGCAGCUAGAGGAGGAGCGGCAGAAGGGGUCCCGGAGUGACGGCCCGGCUGCUGACCUGGCGGGACUGCAGAACGGCUCCGACUUGCAGUUUAUCGAGAUGCAGAGAGAUGCCAACAGACAAAUUAGUGAAUACAAGUUUAAGCUUUCAAAAGCAGAACAGGAUAUCACCACCUUGGAGCAAAGUAUCAGCCGGCUUGAGGGCCAGGUGCUGAGAUACAAAACGGCUGCCGAGAAUGCGGAGAAGGUUGAAGAUGAAUUAAAAGCAGAAAAGAGGAAGUUGCAACGAGAGUUACGCACAGCGCUGGACAAGAUCGAGGAGAUGGAGAUGACCAACAGCCACCUGGCUAAACGCCUGGAGAAGAUGAAGGCCAACAGGACAGCACUUCUGGCCCAGCAAUAGGGAGGCCGCUCUCCUCCGUGGGUGCAGCUCCCCGGGACCUGCCGAGAGGGACUGAUGCUCCUGUACAUUGACACAAACCCCCUCAGUACUGUUUUGAGUUUUGUCAUUAAAACAGCUACCUUUGUAUUUUAUAAUUUAUGAGCAAAUGAAGCAGGCUUGACCUCGUGAAUGAACACUCUGGAUUUUGUUGGUAGUUUGAUUCUAAACUCAGAACUGGUCUAUUCUGUUUUGUUUUGUUUUUUUUUUUUAACGUAAUUGUAGAAUCAAGUUUACGCAACACUUUCCCCAGCUGCCUCAGUGACUGGGCACUCGGAGCCUUGGCCAGGCUCUGCAGGACAGCGAUUCCACGUGCGCUGAGCCACUUCCGGGAGAACUCAGCAAACACAAGUGCCUUCUCCACAGUGCAACCCAGACGCCAGCGGCCGCCAGCGGGCAAGACGCUCACCCUGAAAUAUCAGCAUUUCUAUUUUAGCGAAGAAACGAGUUUCAUGGUGGGGAAUUCUUUCACUCAAAUUUGUAUGUUUUGAGGAAGUUUUGUUUUGUUUCUUUUUUUUUUUUUUUGGUAAAAUAUUUAUAUAAGAAAAUGUUAACUGCUUCAUUGCAUGGGGCAGAGGACAUCCAAGGCCUGGUACCCGUGAAGGAAGAGUCGUCCUUCUCCGGUAUCAACUGUGGUGUUCCUUGUCAAAUAUUUCAUCUGCUGCCUCAUUGUGGAUGAGCCUCAGCUGAGCCCCAGGGGUCCGCAGGGGCAGGGUAGGCAGCUGGGAUAUCUGCCUGAAGAUUCUAUUAAAUAUACAUUUUGGCCCA